UUCCUUCAUCUCCUCCUUUUAAAGGGAGAGUAUAACCAUCCCACAAAGCCUCUAUCACUUCAACUGCCAUCUAUUAUUCCUUCUUUGAUUUGAUCUAAAGGUGAAGAUGGUCUUCCAAGAGGAUGAGGAAGUGAGACAAACAUUGAUCAACAACCGGAAUACCAUGUCAAAAGCUAGCGAAAACGGCGAUGGGGAAGUUGGCGAUGAUAAUCCAGCAGCAUGGUUGAAUCUUAGCCUUGGUAGAGAAAACAGGACAUCGAAGGCUGGGAAUUCUGAUUUCGAAUCAAGGCCAGCUUCGAACAAAGUGUUCUCAUGCAACUUCUGCAUGAGGAAGUUCUUCAGCUCACAAGCGUUGGGCGGGCAUCAAAAUGCCCACAAGAGGGAGAGAGGAAUGGCUAGGAGGUCUCAGUCCCAUAGGACAAUUGCCAUGAUGGGCUUGCCACUAAAUGCUCCAAUCAACAUGGCGAUGGGCCGCUCGAUGGGCAUCCAACCUCACUCGCUGGUGCACAAGCCGCACCGAGAAGCAGUGGGAAUCAUGGCAAGAUUUGAAGAUGCAAUUGCUGGUUUGGAGAUGACUUGGACACCCUCCACAAUUGAACAAGCGAUGGAUACGAUGUGGCCUGGAAGCUUUCACAUGGAUCUGCCAGUGCCAAAGCAACCAUCACUAGACUUGAGUCUUCGACUUUGAUAACAUAAAUUCAUAGAUUUAUUACUGCUUCCCAUAAUGGGUUGCUAUCUAGUGGUUGCCUAUUGUUCAAUUUCGCAUUUGUUGAUCUAUGGACAAAACAAGCUAACUGAAUCAGGUAAGAGUUCAAAAAAAAAAAAAAAAGUCAAUGAAGAUUUCCACUUACAAUGAAGUCCUUCACAAAUACAACCAAAAGGAAUUAUGAGAAUUCCAUUGUUCUUCUUUCUUUCUUUGUUUUUUUUCUUUUUUAUUUUCUUUUUUAAUGGUGCAGCUUGUUUUAGAAAAUUCCCACUUAUGAUUUUCCCUGUGUGUUCAUGAUUAUGAUGAUGAUGAUGACGAAGAUGAAGAAGAUGAUGAAGCCUAGUUGCAUGUAUGGAAUGAAAAGAGUCCUACUAUAGGUACCUUAAAAAAUGAUGAAUGAUUCGAAAAUUCAGGUUCGAAUUAUGGAAGCGGUGAUUGGUUAAUGCCCUUAGAUUACAAACAUCAGGCCCAAAAAUUGUGGUCCAUCACCUGUGAUUUGAAAUAAUGGCAGGGAAGUUUUAGAUACUAAAAAACAGGACUGGGCUUCUA